AUGGAUGAGGUGUCAGACUAUGUGCACACCUCAAACGCAACUUGCAUUCGCGACGCAGAGGGAUCUUUUGAAGAACGCCGCCAAAGGCUUGACCAACGCUUGCGGAAGUCGCAGGAGGUUUCUCGAGCGGACUUGGUCCAGCGCAACAUCGUCCCAGGUGUAUCAGUUGUGCGCCGGGGCAUCCACGUCUUGGAGGGCCUGCUAAGGUCUCGCCCCUCGCUGGAACAGCUUACAGCAGCCAACAGGCUGCCGCCAAACUACAUCGACAAGAUGUUUCCUGACGAUGCAAGCGGAAGCGCUGCGCCGAAAGCGGAGCGCAAGCCAGCAGUGUCGCUGAAUCAGCUUCUUUCCCCGCCGAGCAACAGGCCGGGUGCAGCUCCAGUCAGUCCUGGGCCGGCAGGGCCCCCAAACUACAUGCCUGUGCCGGGUGGUCAGGUGCCGGUCGACCCUGCAGUGCUGGCAACCUGGAUGGUGCAGGCAGCAAUGAUGAAGAGCCCAUCGCCCAUCACUGGACUGCCGCCCUACCCGGGCACCAUGCCGCCGUUUGCAGGGGCGAUGCCAGCUGCAGGAUUUCCUCCUGGGGCGGCAUUCCCCCGGCCUGGCUUCCAGCCUCGGGUGCAAGCGGCUCCGGGCUCAGAAGCGAGCGAGGACGCAAUUUCGGGCAUCUCGCCAACAGCUCGUGCAGCUCAGAAGCCUCCGAACAACAUCGGGGUGGACAUGAUCGCUCCGAUACGGCCCCCGAAGCCCUCCAUUCAGGCACAGCGCGCAGCGAGCCCGCAGGUCCCUGCCGUCUCGAGGACCGAGGUGCCACCGUUCGUGGCGCUGCUCGAAAACUUCUGCAACCACAUGCUGGGCUCGGACCCGGUCUCUCCUCCCGGAAGGUGA